AUGAAUUUUGAGCUGGAACGUGCUACUGUAAAAGCCGGAGACGGUUCUCUAAUCACCGUUGAUUAUCUGCAGAGUGAUAACAUAACCACAUACAAAUUUUCUCAUGAAUUUUUCCCAUGUUGCCCUUUGUUAAUACCCCUCCUUGCAUGUAUGGUGUUUCGUUUUCAGCUGAAACGUGCUACUGUACAGAAUGCUGUGACAGGUGAUCUAGAACCAGCCGACUAUCGUAUUAGUAAGAGCGCUUGGUUGAAAGAAGAAGAUCAUGAAGUUGUUGCUCGUGUAAACAGGCGAAUAGAAGAUAUGACAAACUUGAACCAAAAGACCUCUGAAGAUCUUCAGAACUGUAGCAAUAUGGGGAUACGACGUAAACAUCUUGAUAACGCGAGUACAAACGGUGAAAGGGCGGGAUUCUCCAUUUUUUUACCACCUUUGCCUUUGGGGUCUUUGUGCCAUUGAAC